UAGUGGCCACAGACAGAAUUAUGGUGAUGGUUAUGUGUAGACCGGUUUUAAUCUAAAGAAAUUAGUAAUAUUGCAACUACUAAAGAGUCGAAGAUGUCAGAUAACCAAAUUGAGCAGGACGUUCAGCGGCCCGAGCAAGAAGAGCUCGCAGCGGGAGAUGCUCAGAAGAAAAGCAAAGAGACGGCCAAUGGUAUUGAGAACCCGUUCAGGCCCGGGGGAUCUCUUGACCAUGAGGCUGAUGUGAUACUAGAUGCGAUCAAACAUGGCCGCCCGUUAACACCAACAGGUGACAUGCCGGUACAGGAGGAGAUGAUUGGCUGGAGCGCGACAUCAAAUGUGAGUUCCGCACCACCUGGUGGCCACGGCGAUGCAGUCGACACAAACCAGGUUCAACUGAAGGACGGUCAGACGGCGGAGGUUGAGGGCGGCGUCGUGACGCCGGCGGGCGGCGGGGCCGAGCAGGCGGAGAAAGUCACCAUCGAGAAGAAACCGAAGAAGUGCUGCACGAUUCUGUAGUGCGCGAGGGUCGUCGUCGGGGUCACACAGAGGUCGCCAGGGUCAUGCAGGGGUCGAAGGACCUCCGUGACUACUGCGGGCUCGACGACUCUACCCCCUACACUUGAAAUUAAGAGAGACACGUAGCCCCCUCGAGUAGCCAGAGGGGACUAGUCCGCAGUUAGCGCUUUCCACGAUUCGUAAGGCAGAGGCAAUUUCUUUUAGGGAAAAAAAGCUCUCGGCUCAAGAGCCGGGGUCGAGCGAGGCGGCGCCAUGGCAACCGCAUCCUCCGUUCGGAAUUAUCUCGCGACCGUUAGAUGCGUGCAGCGAGCGCCGCUUCCAUACCAACUCAGCAUCCAAUUAGCGCCGGAUUUUACGCGAGGCAGGCAUUUCUGUUUUCCGGCACCAGAUGCCUCUGCAUGCUUAUGCAAGUUCAUUCUCGUCCAACAUCACUACCAGUUAUCAGCGCGACGCCUCGUCGCACGCACACGGAUGGCGCCUGCAUGGCAGCGGGUCACUCAAUCAGUACCGAUGGCCUAACUACUAACUAGUGUCGUAAAACUAACGAUUAGUCAGUCCGGCGAGCGCGCAUGCGCCUCUCUCCGGCAGUUUUUUCGCGUGGGCCGGGUCGUAUAUACGGCGAGCGCAUUUUACUUCUACGACGCCCGUCGUAUGCUCAUUUUAAGGAUAGCAGAAUAUCGGCUGCGAGCGCGACGCGGCUGCGGUAACCACGGCAAUGGUGUCUUCGUCACGGCACCUGCGCAAGUGCGGCUGCAACCGUUGUCACGGCAGCCGUGACCGUCGCCGCGUCGCGCACGCGCCCAGUUGUAAUCUCGCUCCUCGCGAGAGUUCCUCACAUCUUGUAUUUUUUCAUUAUUUAUUUUUCUGUUUGUUAUCACAUGUACGUGUACGAUCGUAGGUGUGUCGCACGCGCCGGCACGAGUGUUGGCAACGUGACGGGAGAUGCGUAGAUUGUCUAGCUAGCAUAAGGAGAUUUUCGCUGAGGAUCGGGUCUGUGGCGGGGUUUUUAACAGUAUUGAUUAGUCGAUUACUCAUUAGUUUUGUAAAGGUUGCCGAGAAUAAAUUGCGUUUGUUGCGUAACGAGGAAACAGGACAGGGCUAGACCUAGGAUCAGUGGGAAAUUUGUUGUGUACACUAUUAGCAUUUUUCAACAUGGUGCUGUUUUCUGAUCGUUGCAUGUGUCUGAUUGUCUCUUUUAUUGUACCUGUGAGUUGAAAGUUUACUCCCCCCCUCCAUGAUUUUUCUCGCCAGAAUGAAUCGGGUGUAAGCAGCAUGCAGGAACAUUUUAAAGUUUGUAGAAGUGUGUAUUGUCUAGAGUUUUUACUGACAAUUUUACUCUAUACCAUGGCUUUCCAAUUUGCAGCUGAACCGUCGCGCUGCUCUUUGUGCUGUGAGUUUGCACGUAGAUGGCGCUAGUAGUCUGCUUGCACUCUUGUUUUGCACUGGUAGUCUAAUCCGCUUUGUGUGCGUUUUUAGAUGGCUUCGUAUUGCAUUUUAUUAUUAUUAUUAUUAUUAUUAUUCGUAAUAUACGAUCUGAUUUUAUAUUUUAUUAUGACUCUCUGAAUCUGAGCACGUUUCUCUGAGAUACUGACGCGGUUGUAACGGUGCAGCAUUGCCGCGUCUUGUCUCACGAGCCCGAUGCCAACGGGUCUCCGCGACGGCCGUCGCCGACCCCCCCCCCUCAGUCGAGACAUUGAGUUGAGACGUCAAUACAUAAAGGUUGUGACGUGUUAAGGCUGCUAGUCUAGUCGAGACAGAGCCGAGACGUCAAUACAUUAAGGUUGUGACGUGUAGUUGCUGCGAGUCUAGUUGAGACUUCGAGCCGAGACAUUGAGUCGAGACGUAGGCACUCACAUUGGCGAUGGGUCCGCCGCGGAGCCGCCCACGUAGUGAGCAUAGUAGACGCUAGUUUUGUAACGGUAGAAGGCGGGUAGACUCAACUUGCGACACGGCGGCUGAGAAUUGAGAGCAUGAGAGCGACGGCGCACGUGCACCCGGGGACCGAUCGAGCUUCUCUCUCGCGUCGAGUCCUCGCCGGCGUUUGCGAGGCAAAAACCCAUGCCGAAAUCCGGUCGGGAGCGAUUUGAAAAGAAAGAUUCGCUGCCGCGAUUGUCGCGUGGAGGUUUGCGCGAGCGGUCGUCCCACGAACGAGGCGUCAUCUUCCGCGCGCCUCAUCGAUGUGAUGUCUGCGGCUAGCAAACUGUUGUACUUAGUUGCCGCUCGUUUCGUGUUAGAAGCAACGUGGCGACGGCACUGCCAAAUUACCGCACGCGCGUCGUCGUGGUGUGUCCAGGCGUGACGAUUUCGUCGCGACUUGAAGGCAUGGAUUGUUGAUGAGGUGUACGGACAGGUGUCGUUUGAUCGGCGGGACGGAUGGCUCGACGAACGGCGCAGUCGCGGCGCGUUUCUUUUUAUGUCGCUGUCGGCAGCUGUUUUUUGAGUUUCCCCUUCCUCAGUGUUUUUUACCUGGUUAGUGUUUAGUUGUAAAUACAUUUGUGUCGUCAUUCUAUCAGCAUCAGCUCAGUUUUAAGCCAAGUGUGCAAAAUAAAAACCAAUAUACGAAAUAAAA